CAUUCAAGAGGAAGUAUUCGGUUGGAAACCAGUGAUGUUUAAAUCAAAUGGGCUUGCUGUAAAAUAUUGUCUUAAUUUACAAAUAUUGUCUUAAUGUACCAUUUUCUCCAUGGUCGUACACAUUGACAGAAAAUAUCCUCAACCCGAAGCCGAAGUUUCACAAAAGCAAUUUCGCUUUGCGAUAAUCACGAAGGGCGCCACCAAGAGGCAACGUAUCAUUUGUCACUCAUGCAUCAUCAUCAUGCAUACAUGUAUCUGCGCUGCACGCACACUAAUUUUACACGUACACUGACGUAUUUUUAGUGUCGUCGUCGCGGAAGUCAUCGAACGUUAGUGGAAAUAACAAUAAAUCAACACUGCAUACACAAAUACAGGGAGAAAUUUAUAAAUUUAUUCGGAGGAUCAGACGUCGGCAUGUUCAGCUCCGGAGGGGGCUUACAGGUCCCCAAACCCCAGUUUCCCGCCCUCAACUCCCCCCAGCGUGCCGGGGCAGCCGGUGUCCUCACUACAGCCUCCAAUGGCACCAGGAAGGUUGCCCUGGCGCCCGGCCACUCCCUCAUGGAUUGGAUCCGGCUGGGUCAGAAGGAGGGCCGGAAGCUGAACGGGAUCGGCGGUCAGAACUGCGUGGUCAGCCCGGAGGAGUUGGCAAGGCACAACAAAGUGGAGGAUGCUUGGAUGAGCAUCAGAGGUAAGGUGUACAAUGUCACCCCUUACAUGAGCUUCCAUCCUGGAGGUGAAGACGAAAUGAUGCGGGGAGCUGGCGGAGAUGGAACAAGCUUAUUUGACGAUGUCCAUCAAUGGGUAAACUUAGAAUCCAUGCUGGAGAAAUGCUACGUCGGUCAACUGAGGAAAACUAUUGACAUCAGAAAUCCAAGUACCAAAGGUGUUAUAAAGAGAGUAGGUGAAAUGAAGGCAACCUCAGCGGCCACAUUAGCACCCCCGGCCCCAGUCAAUACAGGACUGACUUCAACAACACAGCCUGUAGUUGAGGAACCAGUGCCUGCCGAUUAUCAGAAGCCAAAGGCCAGAUAUGAUUGGUACCAGAAUGGUGAAAAGAUAACAGUUACAAUUUAUGCAAAAUGCAAGUCUGUCUCCACGGAGCAUCUAAUUAUUGACAGGAAGAAGCGUGACCUCAGAGCAACCUUGUUUCUAGACGAUCAUGUCUACACAGUUCAUUUCGAUUUGUUUGAGGAAGUCACAGGUGAAUGUGGUGAAGGGAUCAAGGUGAUUGCCGGCCCUGUUCACCGGGUCAUCUUUGUUCUCAACAAGAAGAAUCCCGACAUCAAAUGGGUUUCCCUAGGAAAAGCUCUUGAAGGGAACAACACAAUGAUCCAAAGAAUCGACAAAGAGCCAACGUUUCGGCCUUGCAAGGUCACGACCUGCCAACCCUUGACCCAUGACAUCAAGCUCUUUGGUCUGGAGUUACCAUCAGGUUGUCAUAUGUGCCUGCCCACGGGGUAUCACGUCCACCUCCGAGUUAAUGUCGAUGGGAAUGACAUCACCAGGCCCUACACAGCCGUUCCCCCCUCCCUGCUACCCCCAAGCUACCAUGGGGCUGAAACGUCGGGCAGAAUUAUCCACCUCAUGAUCAAGAUGUACCCAGACGGUCAGCUGACCCAGCAACUGUCGCGACUCGACGUCGGCGACACGGUAGACGCCAGUGAUUACGAGGGGACGUUCGUGGAGUCGCGGCUUCAGCGGAUUGACCGGCUGACCCUGGUGGCGGCCGGGACAGGGUUCACUCCCAUGGCCAGGCUGCUGGACUGGUGCUUCGGACAACAGAAGCAGAAACCAAAGCACAUCAAGCUGAUUUUCUUCAACAAGACAGAGGGCGACAUCCCGUGGAGGGACGACCUGACGAGGCUGGCCGAGACCAGACAUCACAAUCUGGAGGUCGUACACGUCCUGUCGGAACCAGACCAGAGGUGGGCAGGGCCUAGGGGGCGAAUCAGACAGGAGUUGGUUGAGGAGUUCUUCUGGAGCCCCGCCCAGCACCCCAACGAGACGUUCCUGACCUGUAUAUGCGGGCCCACGCCCUUCACACAACUUGCCUACAAGUUAUCCAAGGCGUAUGGGUACGCUAAUGAGAUGAUCCAUGUCUUUGCUGCGUAAUGACCCUAUAAAUUUGACACACCAGGAUCCAGCUUGUGACACCUGACGGUAAUCAAUCAACAGAACAGCGCCAAAUUUCAUGGCUCUGCUAACCACAGAAUUCCAUGCUUACGGUCACCAUGCUGUUCUAACAGCGCUAGCAGAAAAUUUCCGUGCUAACCCAGUAUUAAGCACAGAAUCCUUAGUUAUGGGAUGUAUGCAUGCGCAGAAGCCAUUAUUCCUGGCUAACAUGUGACAUACGCUUACAGUAAGCACAGAAUUUUGGUGGGGGG